GUAUUUGUACACACACCAAACACAACGCUGACAAAGACACCCACUACCCCACACGCAGAGUCAUAGUCACCCACCCAACCUAACCACAAGCAUAACUGGACAAAAAAAUGCCUGUAACAGUUAACCAACAACACUAAAUUCCAAAAUAGUUCUCAAAUAAUUCUAACAAAAUAAAAAAAAAAAAAAUUUACCAAAGACACAUCCUUAUAGAAAUCAAUAACAAAUCAAAUAAAUAUACAUGCAUUUCCAUCAACAUUCAUAUAUAUAUGUAUAUAUUUGUUGGAUUCUUCGUGGCAACUUCAUUUCAGCUGCGUUCGCAUUUAUAUGUUCGCAUUUAUAUGUAGUAGUAGUACUCAAGAAAAAUCAACAAAUAUAAUCCAGGCCUUGACUAGUGACUAUCCCUUGCUGUGAUGAACUAAAAUCUUAUAGAGAGAGAGAGAAAAGAAAGAAGGGAUAGCUAGCUAUAGCUAAAAGCUUAAAAUUAAAAUCACAUGGCUGCUGAUCAUUUACAAUUUCUCAAGGACAGAUUCAUCACUGACUUUCAAGAAGCGGUGGAUGAAUUCGGCGGCGAUCUUCCCCUCCGUCUUCAUUUACAGGAGAUCCUUGAGGUCCUGCAAGACAAGACCAUCGACGAUUCCACGCCUAUUAUAAUCAAGAAUUGGCUGUAUGAUCUCAGGUACUUGUUGGCAAAUUGCGUUCUCUCAGCAGAGAAGGAGCGAAAGUUCAAAACUCAGGAAAAGAAAAGUCAUGUCAAUCCCCGUGCCUUGAAGAAGUAUUGGUUUCUUCAUAAAACCGGAAAGAAACUGAUUCGAAUCAGAAAAAAGCUGCAACAAACAAAGAAUGAUGCAAUUCGUGAAGCUUCUUUACAACCAGACUCUAUCACAGUUCAUCUACCAGAGAAUAUUCCACCACUCCAUCCAUUCGAGACUCAUGGGUUGGUUAGCCAGUUGCAUAAGAUGGAAGCAAUAUUGCUCGAUCGGACACCUGAUGAUCAUGAAGGUGUCAAGGCAAUUGGAAUUGUGGGGAUGUGUGGCGUGGGUAAAACUACUCUUGGUCGAUUGUUUGUCCACAAGUUUCAAUUCUUGAGAGAUUAUUCUCCUGUAAUUUGGGUGAAGCUAUCUCUAAAAGCAAAUCCACUAGAAAUUGUAACUCAUUUGUUGACACAUUUGGGUGCAAAAUGUGAUCAGUUGCAGGAUCUUAAUGACCAGCUGACUGAAUUACACAAUUUGUUAUUGGGAAAGAAGUAUUUGAUUGUGCUAGACAAUGUAUGCCACCUAAAUGAAUGGUACUCCGAUUUGACUUCUAAUCAGAACAACAAUGGCACCACCGCCACAGACCUUAGUCGUUUUUCCCAUGGCUUGGCGAAGGGGGUUGGGGGUGCCAUCAUUGUAACAAGUAGAUUUGAAGAGGUAGCCAUAAGCAUGGUCGGUGAGAAAAACUUGCUCAGACUCGAGCCCACAUUCGAUGCAGAGGCUCUUUGGUUAACUUUCAUGGAUUCAAUUCGAAGAAAGAAAUAUUUAACUAGCUAUCAUCAUCAGGUUCUGUCAAGAAUGAAGGAUGAAAUUAUUUACAGGUGCGAAGGCCUUCCUUUAGCAGCAAAGACACUGGCCGAGGUUAUUUCUAUUCAACUUGCCAAGAAAGAGUAUUGGUUAAAUUCAAAUAUACGCAAGGAAUUUUGCUUGAAGCUUGAACUUGAACAACAUGUUUCUUAUUACUGGAAUGUCAUGGAGAAAGUUAGGACUCUUCCAGGAGUUCAUGGCGUCUGUCCAGGACCAGGCAAUGAUAGAAUAACAAUUACAGGAAGGUGCCACGUUACAGAAAUAGCGAGGGAAUUGGCGAAAUUUUGCCACACAGAGCUUAUCUCUGUAUGCUUGGCAGUGAAUAAUGAUCCAGAAAGGAAGUCUACCAAGGAACAAAAGUCAAAGGAAGUGAAACAACGCAAAGGGUGGCAAAGAUUCCUAAUGCCUAUUAGAGAAAGGGACACUUACAAAAUUGGAAUUAGUUUGUUUUAGUUAUAUCUUAAUCAGUUUCCAAGAUAUCAAUUGUGUUUUCCGUUGUUGAGACUUAUUUGCCUUCCAUAGCAAUUAUAUGAAUUAUAAUAAACAUUUUGUUUAAUGGAAU